GAGUCGGAGACCCGGUGUGCGAAAGUGCCUGCAAAGUUUGUUAUCCUUGUGAGUUAGCCCGUGAACAGCUAUCAUGGAGACACUCGAAGUCCUGGCAUCCAUUACUAGGCUCAGUGAUCGCGUAGUGAGAGUGUUGGGCCAGAACCCAGGAAAAUUCACACUUCAAGGGACAAAUACUUAUCUUAUCGGCGAGCGCAACCCCUACACGCUCAUCGACACUGGUGAAGGCAAUGAUGCAUACAUCCCUCAGCUCGAGUCCGCCCUCUCCAACACUUGCAAGCUCACGAACACAAAUGAACCCCACAUAUCCGACAUCGUCAUCUCUCACUGGCACCAUGACCACACACGCGGGAUCAACUCCGUCCUUUCGCUCUUACGGAGAAUGUGGGACGGGCGGAACAAACCGGCUCAGUUCAAGCCUCCACUCCCCGACGACCGCGCCCUCUAUACAGCUGACACCGUCCUAGGCCAGGGAACAGCAGUAUUUGAGGACCUGGGCACAUAUAUUUCCUCCCUGCACAGGCUCCUCGCAUUUCAAUCUGAUUAUACUGUGUUGUACCCCGGGCAUGGCCCUAUUGUCGCUGAGGGCCCUAAGCUUAUCGGUACAUACGUCGCACAUCGUAUGGAGAGAGAGGCGCAGAUCGUUAGCGUCAUUGAGAAACCUAGAUCUGACGGACAGCCUUGGUCUACGUGGGGAAUUGUAUCCACGAUAUAUUCUGCGUACCCGCAGGAUCUAUGGGAGGGCGCGGCACAAAGCGUGAAUCAGCAUCUUGCGAAGCUUCAAGCCGAGGGCAAGGCGAAGAAGGUUGGGGGCGAGGGCAAGGACGUCAAGUGGGAGCUGCUAGCGAAGCUAUGA